AGCCGCUACAAGACGGAGCUGUGCCGUCCCUUCGAGGAGAACGGAGCCUGUAAGUACGGCGACAAGUGCCAGUUCGCGCACGGCAUCCACGAGCUCCGAAGCCUGACCCGCCACCCCAAGUACAAGACGGAGCUGUGCCGUACCUUCCACACCAUCGGCUUCUGCCCGUAUGGGCCCCGCUGCCACUUCAUCCACAACGCUGAGGAGCGCCGUGCCCUGGCCGGGGCCCGGGACCUCUCUGCUGACCGUCCCCGCCUCCAGCAUAGCUUUAGCUUUGCUGGGUUUCCCAGUGCCGCUGCCACCGCCGCUGCCACGGGGCUGCUGGACAGCCCCACGUCCAUCACCCCACCCCCCAUCCUGAGCGCCGAUGACCUCCUGGGCUCGCCCACCCUGCCCGAUGGCACCAAUAACCCCUUCGCCUUCUCCAGUCAGGAGCUGGCGAGCCUCUUUGCCCCUAGCAUGGGGCUGCCCGGGGGUGGCUCCCCAACCACCUUCCUCUUUCGGCCCAUGUCUGAGUCCCCUCACAUGUUUGACUCUCCCCCCAGCCCUCAGGAUUCUCUCUCGGACCAGGAGGGCUACCUGAGCAGCUCCAGCAGCAGCCACAGUGGCUCAGACUCCCCUACUUUGGACAACUCAAGACGCCUGCCCAUUUUCAGCAGACUUUCCAUCUCAGAUGACUAA